UUUUCCUUUUCGAGAAAGGAAAGGAAAGGAAACUUAUUUUUAUCGAAAGAGAAAAUACAUUCAUCCAUUUAACAAGUUUGGACUCCUGUAUGAAAAUGAAGGAAUGAAGUGAAAAUAGGGAUUUUUGAGAUGAAUUGUGCAGUUGCAGCCCUGUGUUGUGUUGCUGCCUUUCCAAAUAAUACCUCGGCAUGGAGGGUUCAAAAUUUGACGCAGAAAGCGGCUGGGGACGCCUCAGAGGGACCGAAGCUCCUAGAGAAAUCCGCCUUUGCGGUUCCGGUGCCUGUCUAUAAAUGGCGUUUUGUCAUAGCAUACGAUGGCACCCAAUAUGCAGGCUGGCAGUUUCAGCAGUCACCUCCGACCAUACAGUGCAUUGUGGAGAAGGCCUUAAUUCGAGUAACAAAACUUGAAAGAAAGGACCUUCAUUUGGUUGGUGCGAGCAGGACGGAUACAGGUGUUCAUGCUUGGGGUCAGGUGGCGCACUUUCUUACUCCUUUCAAUUAUGACACCUUAGAAACAGUUCAUGCUGCCUUGAAUGGUCUUCUUCCCCCUGAUAUCCGAGUUAGAGAGAUAAGUGCUGCACUCCCAGAUUUCCAUGCUCGAUUUUCAGUCAAAAGCAAGAUUUAUCUCUAUAGGAUAUAUAAUGAUACUAUUAUGGACCCGUUCCACCGUCUCUACGCUUACCACAGUCUUUAUAAACUAAAUACCUCUCUCAUGCGAGAAGCUGCAAAGCAUUUUAUUGGAAGGCAUGAUUUCUCUGCCUUUGCCAAUGCAUCCCGCAAUGAUCGCCUGCCAGAUCCAUUCAAAACUAUAUUUCGGUUUGACAUCAUUGAGAUGGGAACUCUUCUACACCUCCAAGUUGAAGGUUCAGGUUUCUUGUACAGACAAGUCCGGAACAUGGUUGCCUUGCUCGUUCAAAUUGGAAAAGAAGCGAUUCCUCCUGAUAUUGUUCCUAUGAUUUUGGAAGCUCGAGACCGCAGGGAGCUUGCCAAACAUUCCUUGUCUGCCCCACCCCAUGGCCUCUGUCUUGUCUCUGUUAACUACAAGGAAGAGCACUUGAAGCUUCCUGCAAACUGUCCAGGGACUAGUUUUGGUAGGCAUCAUAGUAUAACCAAAUGUAAACUUCCAUUUUAUUGAACAUUUAGUUUGAAAUGAAGGCAUUUCAAAAAUUGAGAUGGUUGUCGCUCCUAAA